ACAGCUAUAACUUAAACCCUUACUUCUUAAACCCCACCCCAGCACCCCAGUCAACAACAACUCGAAGAGUUUCCAUAUUUCGAAUUAACAUAUUACCACACCAAAUUUCGAUUUUCCAGCACAAAAUUACUUAUUUUGCGAAUUCGAAAAACCAAAUUAGAAGAGUUUGGGAAUCGAAGCUCAAUGAUUGCGGGAUAAUUUUAUCGAUUUUCGACGCGAACUGAUAUUUGGAUCUUCUGAAAAUUUGAAGGGUCGGCCACUAGAUGGCGGAACUAGACCCAAGCAAACUAGUGUGCAGCAACUGUGACAACGAAGGGCUAUACGCGGACGACGACGGACAUUUUUACUGCACCAACUGCAACUCCCAAGCUGAAGACAUCAUCGACCGCGCCAAUGCCGACGAAGACUUCAUCCAAACCCAACAAGGCGGCGCCGCCCUUUACUCUGCCGCUCACAAACGCCAUGUUCCCGCCCCCUCUGCCACACAACUCUACCGCGAACAAGUGGGUCCCACUCAACCUGCUGAUUUUGGGAAGACCCCUAGAGGGGUUGUCUUUAAAGAGGAGGAUUAUUAUAAUGCUAUUCGUACGAGAUAUGUUUUGGGGCUUCAGUUGAUGAUUCAGCUUCAAUGUGAAGCUCUUGUGAAUGAUUUUGGGGUUUCUCCUUUGAUUUGUGGGAUUGCGGGUCCUGUUUGGUUGCGUUUUGUUCAUUCUACUAGGGUUUUGGAUGAUGAUUGGCCUGAUACAAUUGUGCUCGAGUCCGAAAGAGGGGAAAAGAGAUAUCAGUCAGGAUCACAUUUUGUAAAUGAGCCUCGAAACCUACUUAAUGAGCGUAUGGUAAUAAUAUGGUGUAGAUCUUUGAAAAAGACGAUACCUUUAUCGUAUUCCUUAGCUGUUUCAUAUCUGGCUUGUCACAUUGCUAAAGAACCGGUGCUUCCGAAUGACAUAAUAAAGUGGGCUAUGGAAGGGAAACUUCCUUAUUUUGGUGCUUUUCCUAAGAUAGCAGAGUCCAUCAAAGAGAUUGAGAGAUUCAAUCAACAUGUUUCAGUCAUAUGUCCAGUGACAGCAAGUUCUAUGUUUAGGCCUUCAGAACUUCCUCUACAGAAGUUGGAGUCAUUGGCAGCAUCUAUAGCACAGACUGUAGGACUGAGUUUGCCUCCUGUCAACUUUUACGGAAUAGCUUCUCGUUAUCUAAAACAGUUAUCUCUUCCUGUAGAAAAGAUUAUUCCAUAUGCUUGCCGCAUACAUGAGUGGUCCAUGCCUCCUGAUUUAUGGUUGUCUGCAAACGAGAUAAAGCUUCCUAGUCGUGUUUGUGUGAUGUCAAUACUAAUUGUUGCUAUAAGGAUUCUUUAUAAUCUCAAUGGUUUUGGAAAAUGGGAAGGAACUCUAUCUACUACAACUGGUUCCUCUUCCAUGGAUGAUGAGGCCGGAAGAUCUGACGAGUCUGAUGCAGAGAGAGGUGAUGAAGAAGUGUCUAAAAGUCUCGAUGAAGAACCUGUAUCUGUUCAUAAACUUGAGUCUGACAGCAUAGAGUUUUUACGCAACCUGGAAAAGAGAUAUGACGACUUGAGUGAUAAAUUUGAGUAUUCCAAGGAUCUACCAACCUAUCUUCGGUACUGCAAGGAUGUAAUUUUUGCUGGCUCAGAGCCAUUAUACAAGGAUCCUACUUUAAUAGAAGAACUUUGGGAGUUUUAUGAGAAGAAUCGAGAGGACAUUGCAACAUCAGGGGAGUUUCAACCUGGAACAAAUCAGAAAAGGUCAAGGGACAAUGAGAGAUUAUUCAGUACUGUGUCAAAGGACAGCAAGAAGCGUAGAGAUGAAGAAAAUACCACCUCUUGCUCGACCGAUAGCAGAUUUCAGUAUCACAAUAACAGUCCCGAGUGGGACUCAGAUCCUGAUAAUACUCCGCAAACUUCACAAUCAUGUCAACAAACAACAACUACUGAUAAAGGUGAAGCAUCAUCUCAAACUUUGGAAGAUAUGACACUUAAAUAUCUGAAAAUAGAUAUGGAUGAACACCGGUUCCAUUACAUUCCACCAAGGGUGGAUAUCAAGAGAUAUGAUUACCUUCAUUAUGGGAGGAAGAAGGGGGAUAAUUACCUUUCUUAUGUCGCUCAUGCUGAUUACUAUAUCUUACUUCGAGCUUGUGCCAAAAUUGCCCAAGUGGAUACGCGUGUUAUGCAUAUUGGUGUACUCAGCCUCGAGAGAAGAUUGGCUUGGAUUGAAAAGUGGAUUGAUCGUAGUUUGCUGGAAAAAGAUUCCAAUGAAACUGUCCAAUGUGAGAAUGAAUUGGAUGGUGAAUCUGUUAAUUUAUCAAAUCUAAAUAUAUGAUCACUAAUUUUCUUAUUA